AUGCAGCCGGAGUACCGUCAGCGCAUGGUGGCCUUGUACCACCUCGUCUUGGAGUCCGCUGUGGUCAAGGUCGUGCUGCUGGUGCUACAGAUGCUGUGCUGUGCGGUGUUCUGGCUGGUCGAGAACACCGUGGGCAUCAACGAAACCGUCGGCUCGACGCGCCUCCGAUUGUGGAACAGCAAGUUCAAGCUGCGCACCAUCCAGCGCCAGUUGCUGUGGCGCAUGGCCAAUGCCCGGGGCGUGCUCAUGACCACGCCCUGGCUGUUCUUCCUCAGCCUCCUGGGAUUCAUCCUGUCCCUGGCGGCGCUCCUGAAGAAGACCGUCAAGGAGCUGGUGUUCCAGAUACGCCUGCACCUCGUGCUCUAG